AUGAUCAAAUACGUGGACUGGUCAUCUGACGCGCUGUUCAAACAUUCAGCGGAGACUCUGCGUAAGGAUUGGUUGCAGAACCUGGAAGACCAGAGCGAGAGGACUUUCGCGGGUUGUCAAGCUCCCACGUGGACACAAGACGGUGUCGACCGCCAUUCUCGCCGUGGUCUCAGCGGCAGCAACAAGUGUGAGGUGGGCAAACCUUUGAGCACCGCUCAGCUCAUGAUUCUUGCAGCGGCCUCAAACAAGACCAGGGACCAAACACGCCAGGACAUGCUGGCAGCUGGAGACGUCGUCCCUGCCGUGCCUCCGCGACUCGGCUCGGGAGACGACGUUGUGUUCUUGCAGGGGUUCUCACCAGAACGUUUAAGGAUUUCGGAGGGCACGCUCCCCCUUUUCAAUGGUAAGAGGUUCCCGUGCGCCAGUGUUCAGGGAGGUGAGAAGGGAAGAAUAGUGGGACACGUCGUUGAACUUGAUGGCGGGGAACUGGUCCUUGCGAAGCCGGAUUCGGCAGUGCAGUCAGCAUUCGCUAUGAAGACUUCAGUUGAUUUGAAAGGUUUCAAUUUCCAAGGGAGGGUGGCGUCGACCGAUUGGUACAAUUGGUGGGUAUUCGUUGGAGAAGGGUGA